AUGGAGGAAAAUAUUCGGACACCGCAUCUCCCUCCAGAGAUACUCCACAAUAUCCUCAAGCUGCUGGACGGCUACAAUAAAUCUCUCUUGAAUGCAACACUAGUCAGCAAAGAAUGGUUUGAACCUGCCACCGAUAUACUCUGGCGAGAUCCACCUCCGGAAGCAUUAGCCACAGUACCUCACAAACGUCGACAAUUCUAUGCCAGCAAGAUCCUCUCGCUUUACUUCAGGAGCGUCAAUGAAAGCAAAUACCAUAAUCAGUACAAGAACUUGAAGUUUCACAGACUCAAGUGCAUUGGUCUUGAUAAAGUACGUUUGCGCAAAAACCAAAAACUGUACCUCUCACAAUACAUUGGUCCAUGUCUGGAAUCAUUCAGCUACUGGGGUGGCCAUCCAUGCGAAGAUGCUCUGGGAUACCUGGAGACCGAAGCUACUCGGUUACAUGAUCUCCACCUGAUGGAACCUCUCGAGUUACAGGUAGAUGCCGAAAAGCUGAAGACAUUCCUCACCAAGCGCACAUCUCUCAGAAACCUCGAGUUGGGUAGCGGCUGGCAGUUUUCUCUCCCGACAAAAGUUCUUGCACACAUCUUGACACUGGAUCACCUGGAAAGACUGGACAUUGCGCAUUUCUUGACGGGCAACACAGUACAAGAAGUGUUUGCUCCGCCGAACGCGUUCAUAAAUCUACGCAUACUUCAUAUUCGACUCUAUUCGAAAUCUAUCGGAUUGUUGUCUGCCGCUGCUACAUCUGUCCAUACGCUAUUCCUCGAGGUCUAUGACUCGGAACAUGAUGCGUUCCAAGCACUUGAGCCCAUGAAGAAUUUGCGUCACCUCGAGGUCGAGUUUCACAAUACACUGCGAGGAAUAGACUUUUCGGAAGAGAGCGCUGAAUCGCUGGGAACACUUCAAGGACUUGAGAUGCUUCUCAUACGCACUUGGACCAAAGGAAAGGCAUACUACAAUAAUAUCGAGGCUCUUUGGAUGGCGGAUGAGCAUUUCGCCGACUUGAUGUCAAAUCUGCCGAAGCUCAAAAGUUUGGUAUUCCAAGUCGAGUCUAGCAUCACGCUCAAGUCCAUCACUUCUUUGAGCCAGACACAUCCCGAGAUGUACUGUUGCGAUGUGUAUGGUGUUCUCGACCUCGACGACUGGGCAGAAUCCGGGCCACCAGUAUUCCCGGAGCUGAGACGAUUUGCCAUAGAUGCACCAAACUUGCGAGGGCGCACGAGAGCCUCGAGUACUUCUCUAUCAGCAAAAGCGAAUCGUAUCGUCGACCUCCUUCUACGACAGCUUCCUAUGCUAGAACAACUGUGCUUCCACGACUACGAACGAAAUGUGCUGGCCGAUUCCGUACUCGAGAAAUUCGCCACACGCGUGGGAGGACAUUUCAACGAGACAAAAGCAGCAGCAUUCCGUCCAUGGAGCUGGAUGGAAAAGAACCGUAAACGCUUGGUGGUAUGUUAUACGUACACUAUUUGCUCAUUAAGCUGA